AUGCCAACAAUUUCCGGGAUCACAGCAACCCAUUCCACAACGUCUGCAACGGCGGAUGUGACAACUAUCAAAUGUAACAGUCAACGUCCGGGAUCACAGCAACCCAUUCCACAACGGGAAGUUUGGAUCUCAUAG